CGCUUGAACUUGUUUGCAGCGAUGUUUGGGGUCCUGCCGCGGUACUUUCUUAUGACUCCCAAUCUUACUAUGUUCUUUUCUAUGACCACUACAACAAAUUCUCAUGGAUUUACUUUAUCCAAUACAAAUCUCAAUUGCUUAGUGUGUUCAUUCAAUUUUGCCAACUCGUAGAAAAAUUCUUCAGUCUUCCCAUUAAAUCUUUUCAAUCGGAUUGGGGCGGCGGCCGGCGAGUAUCAACCCCUUUCUGCCUACCUUUCUGCCAAUGGCAUUCUCCAUCGCUCCUCUUGUCCAUACACCCCCGAGCAAAAUGGUUGUGCUGAACGAAAACAUCGUCACAUCGUUGAUAACGGCCUCGCUAUGCUUCAUCAUGCUCAAGUCCCUCAACAAUAAUUGCCUCUCGCCUUCGACACUGCUUGUUACCUCAUUAAUCGCACUCCCACCCCUCUUCUCCACCGAAAGUGAAUAUCGGGCUCUUGCCACGGUGGCUUCCGAAGUCAUUUGGCUACAAUCCCUCCUACAAGAAAUGGGUAUGCAGCUGCCUCAGCCACCAACUCUCUGGUGUGACAACCUCGGCGCCAGAUAUCUUGCCCACAACCCAGUUUUUCACAGUCGAUCCAAGCACAUGGAGAUUGAAUUCCACUUUGUCCGGGAUCGCAUCAACAAGCAGCAGCUCCGUGUUCAUUACCUUCCUGCGGAUGAGCAGUUGGCCGAUGUGCUAACCAAAGCACUCCCUCGUGGCUCCAACCAAUUCUGUUCCAAGUUCCGCCUCUCCGAGCCUCCACUUGUGGGGGGUGAUAGAGUAUACUGACCUGCUCAAAGACUGUUAGUCUGUUCCUACAUAUCAACCCAUAGUUUGUUACUUACUGUUCAACCACUCUACCACUACUGCUGUAAUGUAGGGAAUCCGUUCUUGAACCUAUUGUAUUUAAACUCUCACAUAUCAAUAAUACAAAUCAGUUCUGCUCAACAUAUCACACAGAAGCCCUAUCGGGCGGCCCACCUCCUUCCAUUCGCGCAGUCCCGCCCCGCUCUGUCUCCAGCUCCACUCCCGCAGCCGUGCUCCUUCUUCUUUCAUCGGCAGCGAGCUCCAGGUUGUCGGGGAGAAUCGACCUUCCCAGGUCGCCGGCUUCAAGUCACCGACUCUGUUCCCUCUCUGCAUCCAACCAUCCACCCUCCCCAGUCCCCUCCCCUCAAGCUACGUCGCCCUUCCUCUGCCUCCGCCCUCCACUUUCUCAUGUUUUGAUUUCUAUCCCAGGGCGUUUGAUUGUUUUAUCUGUACAUGAUUUGUGCUCUUUGAGAGAAUUGGGGAUGAUCAAAAGAACAGAGUGUUUGAUGAUUUAGCUACUCGAAUCUGGUUUGCUUUUUCUGCAAUGGGUCGAUCCACUUUGCAUAAUCAGAUUGCUACCUUUGAUGUUUCCAUGUAUGAAUUCUUUCCCACUGUUUAUUACUGUGGUGAAAUUACGUAUCAUUAGAAGUCUCCCCGAUUAAAAUCAAUAUAUAUAUGUUCUUCAGUGAAUGCACUUCCUCCUACGCCAAAUCAUUUUACAAAUGUUAAAUCGUCGCUAUGCUUGCUUACUCUUUGUUGUCGUCAAGUGGUAAAAUCCAAUUCUUGCUAUGGGGAUAAUUGUUUUUGUCCUUGGGAAGCGUAUUGCAAGUUGGGAUCUUGAUUAUUUGUGACCUUACUUGCAAAACGGUCAUUGCAGAAAAGAGAUUAAGUUGUCAUCGCCUCUUACUUGGAAGCUUGGCCUGCUAGGUUGCUUUGCUCAACUUCUCUUUGAUUUUCCUCUUCCCCUCUAAUGACAUCAGACCAUUUGUUUUCUAUGUUGGCUAGGUUGCAUUCUUUAUCCAGGACGUGUUUUAGAUUAAGCAAAAUAACUUGUGUUGAUACUGUUUUUAUUAUGUUGAAUAUAAGUUGAUGUUAUUU